CUGGGCAGCUCUCUCCUCGUUGCUCCGAUUGCCGCCUUGCACUACGCCGGGAAGCCAAAGGCCGCCGUCCGCCGUCAUGGACCCAAGCUCCGAAAUCGCGUACGACAUGCCCGGGUUCAUACGCAUCCACAAGAGCGGCCGCGUGGAGCGCUUGCAAGGCACCGAGACCAUCCCGCCCUCCCCCUCCGGUGACCUCGCAAACGGCGUCGCCUCCAAGGACGUCGUCCUCGACCCCGCGGCCAGCGUCUCCGCUCGCCUCUACCUCCCCGCCGCCGCCGCGGCGGAGCCGGGAAGGAAGUUCCCCGUCGUCGUCUACCUCCAUGGCGGCGCGUUCGUUGCCCACACAGCGGCGUCACCGAUCUACCACAAGUACGCUGCCUCCCUCGCCGCCGCCGCGCCCGCUGUCGUCGUCUCCGUCAAAUACCGUCUCGCUCCGGAGUACCCCCUCCCGGCCGCCUACGACGACGCCUUCGCGGCUCUCAAGGCGGUCGUCGCGGCCUGCCGCCCGGACGGCGCCGAGCCCUGGCUCGCCGCUCAUGGUGAUGCCUCCCGCGUCGUCCUCGCCGGCGACAGCGCCGGUGCCAACAUGGCGCACAACACGGCAAUAAGGCUCCGGAAGGAAGGCGUCCAGGGCUGCGGCGACAAGGUCAGCGGCGUCGCGCUCUUGCAUCCCUAUUUCUGGGGGACUGAACCGGUGGGCGACGAGUCCCCGGACGCCGCCUUCUUCUUCCCCGGCGACAUGGAGCGCGUGUGGGAUGUGGCCUGCGGCGGUGAGUUCGGCCGUGAUCACCCGUACAUCAACCCGGCGGCGUCGCCACAGGAGUUGCGCCAGCUCGGGUCCGGCCGCGUGCUGGUCACCACGGCGGGGUUGUGCUGGUUCGUGGAGAGGGCGCGCGCGUACGCGAAGGGGAUGAAGGCGUGCGGGUGGGCCGGCGAACUCGAGUUCUACGAGACCAGGGGCAAGAAGCACACCUACUUCCAGUUCCGUCCCGACUGCGACGAUGCCGCCAAGGAGCUCGCCGUCGUGGCCGACUUCGUCAGGCGCUGCUUAGUUUGCUUCGUUUGGUUCAUCCGUUUGGGCGACGAUCUGCGCCGGUGCGCCGGCCCAACUGUUGGGCCGGUCGCACCGCGGCCGUUGGAUCUGAGCGAGUGGGCCGUUGGAUCCGGCUGA